AUGGACACGCAAAAGGUUCGAGCGAACUUCCCGGCGCUGAGCCAGGACCAGGUCUUCUUCGAUAACGCCGGAGGCAGCCAGAUCCUUGGAUCUGUUGUUGAUUCGAUACGUGACUAUCUGAUCAACUCCAACGUGCAGCUGGGAGCAACGUAUGACGUCGGGAAAAAGGCCACCUCCAGAUAUGAAGAAGGCUACCAGGCAGCGGCGAAAUACAUCAACGCCUCCCGCGAAGAGAUAGGCACUGAUGACGCAGUCCUGGGUGCGUCGACAACCCAGCUCUUUCGCAACUUCGCCUCCACGCUGAACUUCCAGCCUGGCGACGAGAUAGUCAUCUCGGCCAUCGACCACGAGGCCAACAUCGCCCCCUGGGUCGACCUCGCCAAGCACCAGGACCUGGUCCUGAAGUGGUGGAAGCCCGCCUCGGCCACGGCGCCAAAGCUCCUUGCCUCAGAACUGACGCCCCUGCUGUCAGAGCGCACCAGGCUCGUGACAUGCACGCACGCGAGCAACAUCCUGGGCACGAUCCACGACAUCAAGGCCAUCGCCGCCGCGGCGCACGCAGCGAACCCGUCGGCGCUGGUGUGCGUGGACGCGGUGGCGUACGCGCCGCACCGCCGCAUCGACGUGCGCGCUCUAGGCGUCGACGUCUACGCCUUCAGCUGGUACAAGGUGUACGGUCCUCACAUCGCGGUGCUGUACGCGGCAGCCGGGUCGGCGCAGGCGCAAAUGCGCAGCCUCGGCCACUUCUUCAACCCGCACGCCACGCUCGAGAACAAGCUCGGCCUCGCGGGCGGCAGCUACGAGCUCGUCAGCGGCAUCAGCGCCGUGGCCUCUUACGUCGACGCCGUCGGCUGGGAGGCGAUCGUAGCGCAGGAGGCGGAGCUGCAGGGCACGCUGCUUGGGUACCUCAAUGGGAGGGACGAUGUCACCGUGCGCGGAGAGACAAGCGCCGACGGGGCUGUCAGGGUGCCGACGGUGAGUUUCACGGUGAAGGGUUGGGACUCGAGGGAGCUAGUUGAGACGGUGGAGAAGGAGACGAGGUUUGGGUUCAGAUGGGGUGCUUUCUACUCCAACAGGCUGGUAAACGAAGUCUUGGGGCUGGGAAAGGAUGGAGUGGUGAGGGUGAGUAUGGUGCAUUAUAAUACUGUUGACGAGGUGAAGGCAUUCAUAGCUGCUCUAGACAAGGCAUUGUCACAGAAGAAGUAG